UGUAUAUCAGAAUAUUAAUCGCACAAGCCUCGUCUAUAUCGCCCCAAUCGCCAUGUCUUUCGUUCCUCCAGUCAUCGACUGCAGUCCCUGCAGUGCGGCUAAUCCGGACUUUGACCCCAACACCCCAGAAAGCAAGGAGCUUGCCGCUGAAAUUCACAAGGCUUUCACCGAGGUUGGUUUCGCGUAUUUAACGGGCCAUGGAAUCACGGACGAGGAGCUAGAAAAGAUAUGGAGCAUUUCCGAGCAGUUCUUUAAUCUACCCAUCGAAGAGAAGAGAAAAGCGGAAAGGGCCAAGUCUGGCGGAGCAAUUGGUUGGACGCCAAUGGCAGAAGAAGUGAUUUCGGGAGAGGCAGGUGACCAUGCUGAUUACAAGGAAUGCUACAACUAUAUCCCCCACCACGCGGACUUUGAGGGGACAAGAGACCAGCCAGUGGAAUGGCCCGGCGACACUGUUUUGCCAAAUUUUAAAAAGCUCAAUAACGAAAUGUUCCACAGGAUCAACACGUUGUUCAUCAACUUCUUGAAACUUCUCCCAAAUGCCCUGAAACUGAAGGACCCGGAUGCUUUCCUGAAGAUGCACACCAAGAUUGGGGGACCAGGGAGUUUCUGCACGCUGCGCUUGAUCACAUAUCCACCCAUCGGUGAUGAUGUGACUGAAGGGAAAAGGUGUGGGCUGCACUCAGACUACGGAACGCUAUCAUUUAUGUUCCAAGAUAGUGUUGGCGGACUUGAGCUGAAGACAAAAGAUGGUGAAUGGGUGAAUGGUGAACCAAAAGAAGGAGCAAUAAUAGUUAUCCCCUGCGAUUCCCUCGGGUUUCAGACAUCUGACCAGUAUCGCGGAGUGAAACAUCGCCUCGGCCUUCCGGCAAAGACUGAUUUGAGACGCAAACAGACGAGACGAUCAAUGGUAUUCUUUGGGGUACCCGACACUGAUGCUAGUAUUGCCCCACUGGAUGGGUCAGACAUGUUUCCACAGAAAUCUUUCGGAGACUACUGCUUGGAGGAAAUGAAGGCAAUUUACUAAAUGUAAUUAAGAAUUAAAAUGUUAUGAAACAGUCAAAGAAAUUAGUGCAGCAAAGAAUGCAAUACCGUUUACCAAUCAUUAAAAGCAGGACUAGGCAACAACACGUCAUUAUUUUAACCACCUGCAUCUUAAUCCGGGAUCAUAAUGUAUAUUACCGGUAGGAAUUAUAGAUAAAUACCAUGCCUAUUAAUCAAACACUAAAGUAGGAGGCCUCGACUGACGAUUUUACCAAAUGACCCAUUUGGUCAUGUUUGAUCGGGACGGGACUUGUCCCUUAUGGAUGAUAGCAAUACAUUGAGACAAGAUAGUGCAUUUUACUAGAUUUAUUAGUAUAAAAGUGUAAACAUGUUUUCGUGGGGGCCAUCCAUUAUGGCUAGAUUUUUGGUCAUGGAUGAGGUGUGGAGGAAGGGGCAAAACACCUCUCCUGUCCUUCAUAAGACUGAAAAUCGGCCAAAAUUAGAUGAUGAACAUGUUUUGGUGAUAGUUUGGGGGUCCGGCUAUUUCCAAGCCCCCCCCCCCCAAAAUAAUGGCAGUCUCACCCAAAUUUUUUACCCCCCUUUGAAUGGGUAAAAACUAAAUAGAUGUCCCGCAACAUUAUAAAAAAAUCACCUGGUUUCAAAUACAGCUGUCGCAGUCUGUACCUCCGUAUAAAAGUAAUGUAUUCACAAACAUUCACUUAGUAACUAAAAUUUCCUCAGCUAUUUUUCGAAAUAUUAACUGUUAAAUUCAUAUGAAAUAAACAAUUUGUAAUUUA